AGGAGCAUGCCACUUCUUCCUCCUCCUAUGGGCAUCCUGCGCUUUGCCAGCCUUUCCCUGCUGGUGCAGCUGGUCCAGGGCGCGGGCUGGGUGAGCCGGACCAGCGCGGGCACCCUACAGGAGGCUGGGGGCAGAAGUGAUGGAAAUGGGGUCACUGAGGAGGAUACUGCCGCCGCCGCUGGGCGCUAUGGGAGGGCUGCCAGCCACGACCACCUCUCACUGCUCAGCACCUCGUUUGUGCUCAAGGGGGAUGCGUCUCACAACCAAGCCAUAGUGCACUGGACCGGCGAGAAGAGCAGCGUCAUCCUCAUACUGACUAAGAACUAUCACUCUGACAUGGGGAAGGUUCUUGAGAGCUCUUUAUGGAGGUCUUCGGAUUAUGGAACUACAUACACAAAGCUAAACCUGCAGCCUGGUGUCACCACAGUGAUUGAUAAGUUCUACAUCUGUCCCACCAACAAGAAGAAGAUUAUUCUCGUCAGCUCCUCCGUCUCUGAACAAUGGCUUUUCACGAGCAGCGAUGAAGGCGCGACCUUCCAGAAACAUGCGAUUACCUUCUCUGUGGAGAUCCUCAUCUUUCAUCCACAACAGGAGGACACGCUACUGGCUUACAGCAGAGAUGCCAAGCUUUAUUUCUCCGUAAAUCUUGGAAAACAAUGGGAUCUUUUGCAAGAACAAGUCACCAAAGAGCGUAUAUUCUGGUCUGUUGCUGGAGUAGAUACAGAUCCAGGUCUGGUCCACAUGGAGAUACAAGAUAAAGAUGGAGGCUAUCGAUAUGUGACAUGCCGGAUUCAAAACUGCACUAACAAAACGCUAGCAUUUCACUUCAACGGGAACAUUGAUCGCGGCUCUUUGACUGUACAAGAUGAUUACAUCUUUCUUAAGACAACGGCAGGAAACCAGACUAAAUACUAUGUAUCAUACCGACGGAAUGACUUUGUACAGAUGAAACUUCCGAAAUAUGCACUUCCAAAGGAUCUACAAAUCAUCAGCACAGAUAAAAGCCAGGUAUUCAUUGCCGUUCAGGAAUGGUAUCAGACAGACACUUACAACCUGUAUCAGUCGGAUCCACAAGGAGUUUAUUACUCUAUCGUUCUGGAGAACAUGAGGAGCACUAAACAACCGGAGGAGGACGUCAUGAUAGAUAUCCUAGAGGUCAGAGGAGUUAAAGGUGUUUUUCUGGCCAAUCAAAAAAUAGACAGUAAAGUGACAACGCUUAUAACUUAUAAUAAAGGCCGUGAUUGGGAUUAUCUAACUCCACCAGGUGUGGACAUGACAGGCAAGCGAACCAACUGCAAACCGCCUGAAUGCCAUCUUCACCUUCAUCUCCGCUGGGCAGAUAAUCCUUACGUAUCAGGAACCGUCCAUACCAAGGACACAGCCCCAGGCCUGAUUAUGGGAGCUGGGAACCUGGGCUCCCAGCUAGUGGAGUACAAGGAAGAAAUGUACAUAACAUCCGACUGCGGGAAGACCUGGAGACAAGUUUUUGAAGAAGAGCAUCACAUCUUGUAUCUGGACCAUGGUGGGGUUAUUGUAGCCAUCAAAGAUACGUCCAUUCCACUGAAAAUACUCAAAUUCAGUGUAGAUGAAGGCUACACAUGGAGCGUACACAAUUUCACCAGCACAUCCGUGUUCGUGGACGGACUUCUCAGUGAACCUGGAGACGAGACUUUGGUGAUGACGGUGUUCGGACAUAUCAGUUACCGAUCAGAAUGGGAGCUGGUGAAAGUAGAUUUUAGACCCUCGUUUAUAAGAGAGUGCACUGAGGAGGAUUACGACUCCUGGGAUCUCUCUAAUACACAGGGAGACUAUUGCAUCAUGGGUCAGCAGAGAAGCUUCCGUAAGAGAAAGACCUCUUCGUGGUGCAUUAAGGGUAGGAAUUUCACCUCAGCCCGUACAUCAAGACUAUGCCAGUGUGAAAGCACAGAUUUCGUGUGUGAUUAUGGAUUUGAACAGGAGGUCACCCAAAAACAAACUAGCCGAUGUUUUCCUGAUUUUUGGUUUAACCCGGAAUCUCCACCAGAAGAUUGCACCGUUGGACAAACCUAUACAAGUACCACUGGAUAUAGGAAACUCAUAUCUAACGUGUGUGAAGGAGGCAUCGACCUGCAAGAAAAUCUACUACGUAAUCAGUGUCCUUUAAUUGCACCAAAAGGUUUGAGAAUCAUCAUGAAAGGAGACUCCAUGGCUGUAAAGCCAGGAGAAGACAUCACGUUUAUGGUACAGCAGGAGCAGGGGGAUCUUUUAAACACGAAAUAUCAAGUGGAUUUUGGAGAUGGACUCAAGGUCAUUUAUAUGAAUCUUACACUGAAUGAUGAGCCCGUCUGCCACCACUAUGAGAAUGCUGGAAUAUACAGGGUGUCUGUAAAAGCAGAGAAUGUUGCUGGACACGAUGAAGCCGUCAUCUACGUGCAGGUCAUCACUCCUCUCCAGGCCGUACAUCUUGAAGUGGUGCCAGUCGCCGGCAGAAACCAAGAAGUGAAUUUGUCAGCUGUUAUACAGCCAAGCAAUGUAAACCUGUCUGUCUACUACUGGUGGAUCGGAAAUAACCUGCAGCCGUUCCUGACUUUGGACAACUACCUCGUGACCCGAUUUGCUGAGGCCGGAGAGUACAGGGUGACGGUGCAGGUCUUAUACUGGAACUCUAUGUUGCAAGACUCUAAGGUCGUCAGAGUGUUCGAUGAAUACCAGGUUCUUCCACUCACGUUCAGCAGACACCUGGACAUGUAUAAUCCCAACAUCCCAGAGUGGAGAGAAGACAUUGGACAAAUAGUAACACGACUCCUUGCAAAGGAAACUGAUAUUCCUCGGCAAACUCUUGUGACAGUGGUGAAACCAGGCUUACCGACCACGGCUGACUUAUACCUACUACCGCCAUCAAAUCAACUAAGGAGGAAGAGGAGCGUUCCCACUGACAAGAGGAUAUUGGUGAUAAAACAGGCCCUGAAUGCACAUAAUAUCACGUUCUUCCUCAGAGGCGGAUUUUGGGUUUUAGUAACAUUAAGUGAUUCCGAAUCAGAGUCGGGGGCGAUUGCAGGAGCAGGAGGGUAUUGGGCUAUAGUGAUUAUAUUCGCCAUCUGUCUUGUGGCGGUCGGAGCUUUCAUCCUUUAUAAAUUCAAGAGGAAAGUACCCGGCAGGAACGUCUAUGCUCAGAUGCACAACGAGAAGGAGCAGGAGAUGACAAGUCCUGUGAAUCACAGCGAAGACACACAAAAUAUCAUCCAGGGAGAGGAGUUCAUUGAUGAUGACUUGGACACACAAACACUAGGAAAUGCAAGAGGUAAUCACUCAGGAGUGGUUUUAAGUAUUAACUCCAGAGAAAUGCACAACUACCUGGUUAGCUGAUGUUUACACAUGGAGACAAUCGUCACAGACUCUUCCCUAUAUUGUAAUAUUUCUUCCUGGUAAAUCUUCAGACUGGAUUAUCAGACUGUAAGAGCAAUCGGAGAAGUUGUUUCUAACCCGUUCUGAAGAUAUCGAAACGUCUGCUACUACGGAAGAGCAAUUGACCUAUAUGUUUGAAGGACUCGUUUUCAUACGAAUUGUUACAAUUCAUAUUUAACUGGUAGCAACUUUGUAACCCACAACAUAUUUUUGUGUUCUAUUCAUAUUAUGUGUACACUUUAUUACCUCUUAUCUAGUUUUUUUUUUCCAACCCCCCCCCCCCCCCCCCCCAAGAUUCAAGUUUACUUUAGGAUAUCGAUAUUUCCGCCAUUUCAUUUCUUUUCCUCCUUCUCCCUGGUUUCUGUAUAAAGACAAUGUGCUCUGGGAAAGAACAGUGAUAUAACGAUACUGUAUUAAUACAUCAGUAGUAUACCUGCACAUAGGAUCAGUCUCUGCACUAUUUCACUACAGCACCGGAAAGUAGGAGGAUCUCUGCACCAAAUGGUAAGACAUUCCAGACUGUGGUAUAGUCGUUGCAAAAUUAACA